CUUUUCCAUGUGAACGAAAGGGCGUCUCCAGUAGCGCCCUCGGUGACUUCCGCUCGCUUUAUUCAGUCGACGGCCACGAUGUCAGCCACCUUCUGGGAACAUGCUUGGAUCAAUGCUCAGCCUAAACUUGAGUCCAUAAGACAAAAGAUAAACACCUGGCCAUACGUCCCUCCACGAAUACUUCGUGUGGGACAGUUGGAUGCCGAAUUGCUUGAUCAAGAAUUGGUCAAUAUGCUCAAAGAUCCUGUCAACAAAUCUCUCGGGAAAAUGAGGUCUAUAUUUGAGUCUCGUUUCGAUCCGGAAGUUGUACUCAUAAUAUCUGCGCUGCUGUACAAAUACUCAGUAUGGGAUCACGGAGCAACAUAUGGCGCAAAAUUGCAGGACCUAAGAUAUGCUUCCGUAUGGAAAGGAGAAUUUUCUGCUCGAUCACCUUCAGGACUUCCAAGACGAGCACUCCUACUACACUCCUUUUUGACCAUCGUAAUCCCCUACCUCCACGCUCGCGCGAGGAUAUAUGCGCUAAGUGGGGCGUGGCCGGACGCCCCAUCCAUCGACUGGAAGCGCCGAGCGUGGGAAUUGCUUGUCCAUCUUGAGACCUUGCACUCGACUCUCAGUCUACUAAGCUUUGUGGGGUUCCUGUAUAACGGGAGACAUAGGACAAUUGCUGACAGAGUGGCCGGGUUGCGGCUCGAACCCACCCAUUCCAUAGCUACCCGCAAUGUUAGCUACGAAUUCAUGAACCGUCAGAUGGUCUGGCACUCAUUUACGGAAUUCCUAAUAUUCCUGUUGCCGAUCAUUAACACCCGUGCAAUGAGACGACGAAUGCAACGCGUAUCAAACACAUUGCGACCCUCUAACAUACUUGCAAUGAUCGGUUUUUCUUCGACCGCGUCUUCCUCGGCCUCCUCGCCCCGACGAGGGAAAUACUGGUCCUUGCCAGUCAAUGAGUGUGCCAUAUGCGCUGAGCGAGCCGCGUAUAACAUUUCAAACAUAUCGGCUGAUCCCACAACUCUCGCGUAUGCUCGAGCACAGCGUGAUCAACCGACUGCAGCCGACGGCAAUCAAAAUGAUGAUAUCACACCUCCGACAUACCCAAUUACAAAUCCUUAUAUCACAAAUUGUGGCCACGAGUAUUGCUAUUUCUGCCUAUCGGAGAAGAUGAUACAACUAUCAACAGCAAACAACGUUGAAGUUGGGGAUAGAGGGUGGGAGUGCCUACGGUGUGUCGGGCCCGUGACCAGUAGCGAGCGCGUCAGAGGAAUAGAUGAAGGCCCAAGUGGGGGAAGCCAGGACGGCAUGAGUGAGGGAGAGGAAAGCGAUUUAGAAGGUGCAGAUGAAGAUGAGGACGACGAAGUAUCGAGGAACUCCUCGGUAUCUGUGAGUUCAUGAGUAUACCACUGCCUUACAUAUAACUAUCGGCAGAUAGGUGACAUCAUUAGCCAGUAGCAGUUACAGAGGUGUUCUGUAAUCGUUAUGCAAGUCCAUUUAGAGCUAUAAUUAUAUCAUAUCAUAGGCUUCGCU